UUUAUUUUAAUUAGACGAAGCCAAGUUUGGGAAAAUCUCAAAAGAAAGAAAGAAAUGAUGACGAAUCGCCACUUCCUCUUUGCUGUUGUUUUCACUUUCUUUCUUUCAGCUGUUGCUGCAGAUUCUUCUGAAGAGUGUGUAUACACAUUGUAUGUUAAAACUGGAUCAAUCAUAAAGGGUGGAACAGACUCCAAAAUCAGCGUUACACUUGGCGAUGCUAAAGGAAAAUCAGUAUAUAUUCCAGAUCUAGAAAAGUGGGGUUUAAUGGGCCCAAAUUAUGAUUACUACGAAAGGGGUAAUGUGGACAUCUUCACUGGUAGAGGCCAAUGUUUGAGCCCACCAAUUUGCAGGCUUAAUGUUACUUCUGAUGGAUCAGGUGACCACCACGGUUGGUUUCUUGAUUUUGUUGAGACUACUUUUACUGGGCCACACAAAACUUGUAGCCAAUCCAUAUUCUAUGUCGAACAAUGGUUGGCUUCUGAUGCUCCUCCCUAUGAGUUAUCAGUUUCUCUUGAUGGUUGUAAAAAGAAGACUGGGCUUCGACAACAUGCUCGGCGUUUUGUUGUGUGAAAGCCCAAUGAGAUGAUUUUGAUGUGUACGCGUUGUCCUGUGUUGAAAUAAAUUUCUUGUUUGUUUAGUUGUCA